AUGUCCAUCACCAGCUUCAGCUGCUCCUCGUUGGCUCCCAUGAACGAAAUUCCAGCCAAAACCAGCGCAAAAGUGCACUUUGGUGGAGAUCUCCAUGUGCUGUGCGUGCUGGGACAUGGCGUACGCGGUGAACAUCAAGGUCAACGCAGGCAUUGGGUUGCGUCUGUUGUUGCGCGAGAGCCAGAUCCCCAGCAUUCCACAGGCCCAGAAUAUGAUGCCCAUGCUGGUAUGUUGGUAGUCGCCGUGGGACCAUGGUUCCCAUGGCCGGUGUUCUGUGAAUGUGUUGACGAUUCCCCACGCGGUGAUCAUGAUGGAGUCGUAAAACUCCUGCGAGUGUUUCUGACCGUCGCCGUGUCGCAGCCACGGAACGACCAGCACCAUGCUCAGGAUGAACCCGUACCCUACGAAGGCGGUGCCCAUGAUCCCGUGCGCGUUACACUGUCCCGUGUGCAGACCGUAGCAGAAUCCCAGCGCUGA